CUAUCCGCCAUGACUGCCCAUGAACGACAGAAACUGAAAUGAAAUAAGUUACUGGGAUCGCACUUCGCCUGUCAGAUGGAUGACAACAACCUUUCAGCCUUUCUUGAGAAGGUUAAUGGGGUAGAAACUGCGUUCACACUUCUUGUUUGCAGUGAAAGAGAAUGUGCAGUUACCUCUCUGGAAACUCUUCUGAACAAGUUGAAAUGCCUUUUAAAAGUUAAAGAGUUGACAAAUAACAAACAGAAAUGUAUCAAAUCUGAACAUGGCGAAGAAGAGAAUAACAAAACGUCGACUGAGUUGGACACCAGACCGAGGAAACGGAGAUCGAAUCGAACAGCAUGUUCACAGACAUCAAAACAGACAACACGAUCAAAGAUUCCAAAAUUGGCGCCAAAGGAAAAAGAGAAUAAAAUCAAAGAAGAGAUUUCUGUCCAGGAUUCAAGCAAUGCUAGAACGAGAAAGAAGCGAAACAGCUUGCAGAAGAAUAAUCUUGUUUCCAUAGCAACCAGACGUAGUGGAAGAGGAACUAAGAAAAAGGCUGUGGCGGAUGUUGAUUCGGUAACUCAUGAAGACCAGAGUGGUAUAAAUGACACAGUUGAUUCUGAAAUUGAUGAAAAUGACGUUGAUCACCAUCCACUAGAAAACAGUACAACACCAGUGCUAGAAAACAGAGUUACGAGUUCUCGGUCUCGAGGUGCAAGCAGCCAGAGACGUUUAUCAAGACACCUUGUUAACAAUAGUAAAGACACUGAUGAGUUAUCGUUAGAAGAAACCAGAACGUCCACAACUAACAAGAGAGUUCACAAGUGCAAAAAAUGUGGUGAAUCUUUCACAAGCAACCAUUUGAUGAAGUCUCAUUUUCGUGUUCACGGCUUGAGUUCACUGGCGUGUCGGUUUUGCCGGAAGGUGAUGAUGAACGAAGUGGCACUACUGCACCACAAGUGUGCGGAAACUCGCAGGAAGAGGACGUGCAGGAUCUGUGGGGACACUCGUCAGUUCGAGACGUUUUCUGAUCUCCGCGAACACAUGAGGAUGGAACACGACAAACUAUCGACGCCUGGUGACGCUAUUCACACGUGUUCGUACUGCCCCCGGACGUUCAGUCGGAAGGUUGCCUUGUUCAUGCACCUCAAAGUUCACGCGGGAAACCAGUUUGUGUGUUUGAAGUGCGGGCUGUUCCUGGAGGAUAAAGAUGCCUACGCUAGCCACAUGACGGAGCAUUACGCCGAUGCCCAGUUCCGCUGUCAGAUCUGCAAGUCGUCGUUCCGACAGCAGCGGUUGUACUACAGCCACAUGGAUAACCACCAGAAAUACGACUGCAAAGAUUGUUCGAGACCCUUCACCUGUUGGAGAGACUUGCGCAGGCAUCGGAAGAUUGAACACGGAGAGAAAUACGAAGCCAAGUUGAAGAGUUACGAAUGUGAGGACUGUCACCGGAAGUUUCUCAAGGAGAACCAGCUUGAAAUACAUCGCAGAAUACACACAGGAGAGCGUCCUCUACAGUGUUCUCUGUGUCAGCUGUUCUUCCGGACGCAGAAGGCGCUGCACAAACACAAGCAGACGUACAAACACUCCCUGCUGGCCGGAGACACCGUCAAGGAGCGCAAGUAUCUCUGUUCACAGUGCGGCAAGGCUUAUUUCAGAAAGCAGGCCCUGCAGAGACACUUGAAGCAGCACACUGGUGAGAAGAACUUCAACUGCGGUCACUGUGGCUACCGGUGCCACGAGGUGAACAACCUGAAGCGACACAUUGCCCUCCACUUCGAGGCUGAGCGUAAGUUCAUCUGCGAGGUGUGCGGUGCGGCGUUCCAUGCCAAGAAGACGCUGGAGAUGCACCACCGCUACAAGCACAGCGAGGAGCGCGCCCAUUGCUGCCCCGAGUGCCCGCUGUCCUUCAAGGCGAGGAAUGCGCUCAAGCGCCACAUCAAGGUCCAUGAACGCAACAAGGACCACCGGUGCUGGUGCGGCGCCGCCUUCAACCGCCUCUACAACCUGCGCAGACACCUGCGGUCCGUGCACAACGAUGACAGCACCCUCCCCCCAGUCAGGAAGGUGGAGGUUCUCGAUGCGGACUCCGCGAUCAAGGUCCCAUACGGCGAGAAGUCGAAGCCGGCGCCGAAGAUCAGAGUGAACAAGAUGAAGAAGGCUGAGGACCACCAAGUUUGUCCUGAGCUGCCCAAACCUUUACAGGACGAGACUCUUGUGUGUCUGGCGUCGUCCACCUUGUCCACCAACAUCACUGCUGCACCUCCUCAAAAUCCGAUGGUGAUUCCGAUGACCCACGAAGACCAACAGGAGCAGCAGCAGCAACACCAGCAACAGCAGCAAGAACAGCAGCAGCAGCAGCAGAACCUGAUGGUGUACGAUCACAUGACAGCACCCCCAGCGGUGGUCGCGUACCAGCCUGCCAUGGCCGACCCGGCGAGACUGGAUGCGUUUGACAGCCGGGUGCAGAAUGUGGCCCAGGACUACUACAACAACGCCAACAUGCUGAUGGGCAUGAACCUGGAGCAUGCGCAGAACGACUACAACAACCCGUUCAUGUACAUUCAGAACAUCCUGCUCCCCUCCGUUGCCAUGGCAGGGCUGCUCGAUCUAUCGCAGGGACACCAGGGGGGUGGAACGGGUGGUAAACAGUGAUAGCAUGCUGGUCCCCACCGUCACAAUGGCAUGUCUGUUGGACCUCUCACAGGGACACCAGGGGGUGGGGGUGGGACAGUAAACAGUGAUAGCAUGUUGGUCCCCUCCCAAUGGUAGAUCUGCUGGACCUCUCACAGGGGGUGGGGGUGGUGGUAAACGGUGAUAACGUGCUGGACCCCUCCAUCGCAAUGACAGGUCUGCUCGAUCUAUCGCAGGGUCACCAAGGGGGUGGGAUGGGUGGUAAAUAGUAAUAACAUGCUGGCACCCUCCGUCGCCAUGGCAGGUCUGCUGGAUCUAUCGCCGGGACACCAGGGGGGUGGAACGGGUAGUAAACAGUGAUAACAUCCUGCUCCCAUCCGUCACCAUGGCAGGUCUGCUGGACUUCUCACAGGGACACUGGGGGUGAGGUGGUGGUGGGACAGUAAACAGUGAUAGCAUGCUGCUCCCCUCCGACACGAUGGCAGGUCUGCUCGAUCUGUCACAGGUACACCAGGGGGGUGGGACAGGUGGUAAACAGUGAUAGCAUGCUGGUCCUCUCGAUCAUGAUGGCAGGUCUACUCAACUCUUACAGGUACACCAGGGGGGUGGGACAGGUGAUAAACAGUGAUGGCAUGCUGCUCCCCUCCGUCACGAUGGCAGGUCUGCUGGACCUCUGACAGGGACACCAGGGGGUUGGGACGGGUGGUAAACGGUGAUAACAUCCUGCUACCCUCCGUCACGAUGGCAGGUUUACUCAACACUUACAGGUACACCAUGGGGGGGGGGGACAGGUGGUAAACGGUGAUAAUCUUGAAAGGGGAGUCAAACUAAACACCAGUUAUUGUUGGCUGAACAUGAUACAGCAUGAUAUGAUUUUAAACUAAAAUGAAAUGUAUUUAUUUACUAGUGCUUGUUCCUGUGUUAAUGAUUACUCAACCUGAAAUGAUUUGCAUUGAGCACAAUUGUACACAGCCAUAAUAUAACAUUUAUCACUGUUUUGAUUACUA